AUGGACGAACACUAUAUCAGUGAUAUUCAACUGGAAAUCAUGAAGUCCAAGAUUCUGGAUUGGGACCCACAACACUCGAGGAUUACAGGAACCAUUGGAUACAUACCCGAAAUUACUUUGGAGGAUGGAUGGAAUACUGAUGACGAUCUUGGAGGACUGUCAGCAGCCAUAGAUAAUUGUAAAAUCGUAGAGUCGAGCGGGAAUCAUGUCGAGGCAACUAAAGGACGACGAGGGAGGCCAAAAAAGCGAGUGGUGCAGCGCCGUGGCAAGCAGAUGCCAGGCGUUGCGAGCGCUCAGGAGGACACAUCAACUAUCGAUACUGUUCAGAAUGUGUCUGGAAAGCGUGUCAUUCGUGCUACCACAAGUCCAGUGCCUGACCAUAUCCCAGCACAAGUGGAUGUGGUGUACUGUGUUCCCAUUGAUGAAAUGAUAAGUAAUACACAUGAUUUAAUUCAAGAGGAUGAGGAGCAUGGGGAGGAGGGGAGCAUCAAUAUGCUACAGGAAAUUCUGAACUCUGGCAUCCUGGAUUGGAAUCCGCAGGAAGCAUGGACCGCAAAGAAUAACCCAGCUCAUCGGCAACAUACCGAUCCACAUUGCGAGGAACAAUCGACAGCGAUGGAAAGCUCCAGAAUAGCUGAGAAGGAGAAUGAUACACAAGAGAGCAAACCACGCAGGGCACGCGGACGACCAUCCAAGAAAGGGAUUUCAAUGUCGUCAGUCCCAGCACCACAACUCUAUUUUCAUUGA